AGUCCUGCUAGAGUCGCUGCCCCAGCUCCUAGAACAGUCUACAAAGAAUUGUGAUAGAUUAUUGCUUUCUCCAUUUGACCUGUUUCGAGGUGGUAAUUUCCCAACAAGAACCGAGCAAGCAGUCGACAUCAACAUGGCGAUCCACGUCCCAGGCCUCAUAUCCAUCAUCAUCUUCUACCUUAUUAUCCUGGCCAUUGGAAUCUUUGCCGCCAGGAAGACAGGAUUUCGGGCCACUAACCUCAAGAUCAAUGAUGUUAUGCUGGCGAAUAGGUCUAUAGGCAUUCUGGUGGGAUGUUUUACAAUGACAGCAACGUGGGUGGGCGGUGGAUACAUCAACGGGAGCACUGAGGCUACAUAUGCUUCGGGACUGGUGUGGUGUCAAGCGCCAGUAGGAUACAGCCUUGGACUUGCCUUCAGUGCGACACUGAAGGUUAUACUGGACAUCAAUCUUGAGACGGCCAUCAUUGUGUCGGCGGCCAUCUCUCUGGCCUACACGCUUGUGGGGGGUCUUUACUCUGUGGCCUACACCGACGUUGUGCAGCUUAUUUGCAUGUUCAUCGGUCUAUGGCUGUGUGUGCCGUUCGCCAUGACUCACGACGCCACGAUCCCCAUCACAACCAACUCCUCAGAGCCCUGGUUAGGGGAGGUCAUGCCCUCGGAUAUAGGACUCUACAUGGACUAUGCCAUCUUGCUAGUUUUGGGCGGCAUCCCGUGGCAGGAACAAAUCGGCAACAAACACUGGUCUGCAACAGAUUAUGGUCUACCUGAGAUCUCUGCCGAUGACCAGACCCUGACUUUGCCUCUGGUCAUGCGUUAUUUAUGUCCACCUGUGGUCACUUUCAUUGGGUUGGGAGCUGUGUCUGCAGCCGUCAUGUCGUCCACGGAUUCUUCCAUCUUGUCUUCCAGCUCUAUGUUUUCCCGGAAUGUCUUUGGAGUCAUCUAUAAACGUAUAACUAAUGAAGAGCCGUCAGAAACAAUGCAGGUGUGGGUGAUGCGCGGAGCCCAAGUGGUGGUGGCUGUUCUCUCGUGUGUGAUGGCCAUUACCGUGUCUUCCAUCUAUGACCUGUUCGUGCUGUGCUCCGACUUCGUCUUCGUGUGCCUGUUCCCCCAACUGGUCUGCGUCAUGUACCUCAAAGGCUCCAACGCUUACGGCUCCUUCUCGGCGUUUGUGCUGGGACUCUUCUUCCGGUUCAUGGGAGGGGAGAGCACGCUGGGUAUACCUGCCGCAAUUAAGUAUCCCUGGUAUGACGAGGACACUGGAACACAACUGUUUCCAUUCCGUACUCUGUCUAUGCUGAUUUCGCUGUUCACGCUCAUUUGUGUAUCCUAUUUCACUGACUUCUUGUUCAAGAGCAAGUACCUGCCGCUGGAUAUGGACUUCUAUGGCUGCUUUCAGCAUCUGAAGGCAGACCAGCCUGACGAUAAAUCGAGCCACGCCCAGAACUCAGAGCAGACGAUCAAACGGUUCGAAACAAAAGGUCGUCCAGACGAUAAAAAUUCCAUGAAAAUGACCGAUAUGGAACAGCACAAUACAGCAUAUCGUCGGGUGAUCUGAGCUUAACAAACUUGUCUCUUGCUUUGGCUUUGUUUGUUUGUUUUGUUGGUAUCUU